AUGACGGGUCACAUGCAGGUCCUAAUGAAAUUCGCUAAUGACCCCAUACUACAAAUGCGCGAUGCAAUGGUUCCAAAACUAGAAAUCUCUAGGAAAUUUGAGGUACACAUUGCAGAUCGAGCUCUCUGGAAUACAGGGAACCCAUACACCAAACCCAAUGGGGAGGUUUGGUAUACUGAUGGAUCUAAGCUUGAAAAUGGUAGAACGGGGGCUGGCAUUUUUGGGCCGAACUUUAAAAAAAUGAUACCAAUGGGUAGCUACCCCACCAUCUUUCAGGCGGAGAUUCAUGCAAUAGAAAUUUGUGGCAGAGAAUGUCUCAGAAGGGGAACGUCAUCGAAAUAUAUCUGCAUUAUGUCGGACAGUCAGGCAGCCCUACUGGCCCUGAAGUCCCACAAAAUAAGUUCUCAGCUAGUACAUGAUUGCCGCAAUGUCCUAAAUGCUCUUGGUGACAAGAAUACAGUCUUAUUAGGAUGGGUACCAGGGCAUGAGGGACAUGAUGGCAAUGAGGAGGCUGACUGCCUAGCGAAACAGGGAGCUGCCGCAGUAUUUUAUGGUCCGGAACCCUUUUGUGGGCUCACCAAAGCACAUAUAAAGGGGACCAUGAAUAACUGGGUAGACAAAAUGUUCAACAGGCAUUGGAUGGAAUGUCCAGGGCAAAGACAAGCCAAACGAUUUAUCUGCCCUUCAAACGAAGUUUCAAAGAAACUAAUCAAUUUAGGCAGAGAGGACCUCAAAACUUUCACUGGGUACUACACGGGACACUGUUCUCUUCGUUACCACCUCAGUAAAAUCAAUCUUUCAGAAACAAGCGUCUGUCGCUUCUGUGAGCUGGACGAAGAAACGCCAGAACACAUUCUCUGUGAAUGUGAUGCUCUCGCUAGGCGCAGACUAGCCCACUUUGGUGGCGCUACCCUUAAUCCAUUUGAAAUUUGGAACAAAACGCCCUUGGAGGUGCUAGGCUACAUUAAGAGCCUUCCCUUAUAG